AUGUUGAGAAGUUCUACCAGAGUUGCUGUUAAGAGUGUUUUGAGAAGUAAGCCAUUGAGCAGGGGAUUGAGUAUUGGCGUGAGAGCUAGUGGAAUUGUUGGUAAUGCAGCAAGUAAGAAGGGUGUUUUUGCUAGUGGUAGAUUGUUGGGUAACAAUGGUGGUAUUUUCAGAGGGAGUGUUCCGGUUUCUGUGAUGGGCGUUCGUCAUGCUACUUCUGUGCCGGUUCCUCCUAUGGCUGAAUCUUUGACCGAGGGUUCAUUGAAGGAAUACACUAAGAAGGUUGGUGAUUUCAUCGAGAAGGAUGAGCUUUUGGCUACUAUUGAAACCGAUAAGAUCGAUAUUGAGGUUAUUUCUCCGCUUUCCGGUACCAUUGCGAAGUUGAACUUCCAGCCGGAGGACACUGUUACUGUGGGUGAGGAGCUUGCUCAGAUUGAGCCUGGUGAAGCUCCAGCCGGUGGUGCUGCUGCUGCUGCCCCAGCUGCCGAUGCUGCUGCGCCAAAGGAAGAGGCUGCCCCACAAAAGGAGGAAGCUCCAGCUCCAGCUGCUGCCGCUGCUGCCCCAGCUGCUGCCGCCCCAGCUCCAAAGAAGGAAGCUCCAGCCCCAGCUCCAAAGAAGGACGCCGCUGCUUCCCCAGCUCCAGCCUCCUCGGCCCCAUCUUUCACCUCGUUCUCCCGUAACGAAAGCAAGGUCAAGAUGAACCGUAUGAGAUUGAGAAUCGCUGAAAGAUUAAAGGAAUCCCAAAACACCGCCGCUUCCUUGACCACUUUCAACGAAGUCGACAUGUCCGCUGUUCUUGAAAUGAGAAAGCUAUACAAGGAUGAGGUCAUCAAGACCAAGAACAUCAAGUUCGGUUUCAUGGGUCUUUUCUCCAAGGCCUGUACCUUGGCUGCUAAGGACAUCCCAGCCGUCAACGCCGCUAUCUCUGGCGACCAAAUUCUAUACCGUGACUACACCGAUAUCUCUAUUGCUGUUGCCACUCCAAAGGGUUUGGUUACCCCAGUCGUGCGUAACGCUGAAUCCUUGUCCGUUUUGGAAAUCGAACAAGAAAUCUCCAGAUUGGGUAAGAAGGCCAGAGAUGGUAAGUUGACCUUGGAAGACAUGGCCGGUGGUACUUUCACCAUCUCUAACGGUGGUGUCUUCGGUUCUUUGUACGGUACUCCAAUCAUCAACAUGCCUCAAACCGCCGUUCUAGGUUUGCAUGGUGUCAAGGAAAGACCAGUGACCGUUAACGGCCAAAUCGUUUCCAGACCAAUGAUGUACCUAGCUUUGACCUACGACCACAGAUUGUUGGAUGGUAGAGAAGCCGUCACUUUCUUGAAGACUGUCAAGGAGUUGAUUGAAGACCCAAGAAAGAUGCUUUUGGCUUAA